CGGUGACUGACAGGGCGACUGACUGAAAUUCUUGGGACCCUGAAGGCAGAGAGAGGGCUGUGGGAGACGGGGGGUCCCGCUGAGGAAGCCAGGAUAGCGUGGACCCGCCCCCAACGCCUCGUCUGCGAGACCUCCGGGCCUCAGCCUUGGCCGCCACAGCCCGGGCACAGAGACAGACACGGAGACAGAGAGACGGCCGGGCCCGGACACUGCUUCCAGGUGUCAAGGGCUGCUGGGGCCCGUGCGGGGCUCCAUGGCCCGGGCGGCUCUCAGCCCGUCGCUUCUGCUGCCACCGCUGCUGCUGCUGCUGCUGGUCGGAGCCCCGGGGGUCCGCGGGGACCCCCGCCAACACAGACAGGGGGUGUGCUCCACUCAGUCCCUGAGGGUCCCGCUCCACUACAACGAGUCGUACAGUCAGCCCGUGUACAAGCCCUACCUAACCCUGUGUGCAGGGCGGCGCGUCUGCAGCACCUACAGGACCACCUACCGCGUGGCGUGGCGAGAAGUUCGACGGGAGGUUCUGCAGACUCACGCCGUGUGCUGUCAGGGCUGGAAGAAGCGGCACCCAGGGGCGCUGACCUGCGAGGAAGCCAUUUGUCCGAAGCCCUGUCAAAACGGAGGGGUCUGUGCCCGGCCCGGCCAGUGUCAGUGUGCCCCUGGAUGGGGGGGAAAGCACUGCCACGUGGAUGUGGAUGAAUGCCGGGCCGGGGUCCCGCUCUGUUCCCACCGUUGCCUCAACACGCGGGGCAGCUUUGUCUGCGGCUGCCCGCCAGGGCUGACCCUGGGGCCGGACGAACGGACCUGCCUGGAGGAGGGGCCCCCGGAGCCCCCACCCAGCCCCAGCAUCCUCAGUGUGGCAGUGCGGGAGGCAAAGCAGGAUGAGCGCAACUUGAGGCAGGAGAUGGGGGAGCUGAGGAUCCGCCUGGAGCACCUGGAGGAGUGGGCAACCCGGGCAGGGGCCUGGGUCCGCGGCAUGCUCCCCGUGCCCCCCGAGGCGCUGCGUCCGGAGCAGGUGGCCGAGCUGUGGGGCCGCGGGGACCGGAUCGACUCGCUCAGUGACCAGGUUCUUGCGAAGACAACAGUUUGGGGCCCGGUCUCGAUCGCCGAUGAAAGGCCACCCGCUCCGGUGACGGGCUUCCGCGUCCGACCUCCUGGGCCGUCUAAUUUAUACCGACCCCUUUCCACCCCACUAACCCCGGCAAGGGCCGGAUGCCUGGUUCCCCAGACCCUUGGGCUGCCACGGAUGGCUGUCUGGACGCCGAUAAGGCGGCACGGUGGAAACGACUCGGACCCUAAGAGGUGGAAGAACGGGCAGCUUGGGUUCAAGCGCUUAAUACAGCAUUCUACACGCGGCAAGCGUUCAAUAAAUAUGACUGACCGCCGCCUUCCCCCCUCCCCAAAAAAACCCAGGCCCGCUCUCUUCUGCGCUUUAUUCUCCGACUUUGUUAUUUGAAUUAAUAAAAACCAUUGCUGCGGGCUCCCCCCUGCU